UCAUCUUAGCAAUAAUUAUAUAAAAAUGUUCAAUUGGAAUUUAAUCAAUCAUUUCUUUCUCGAACAUUUGGAGUCCUAACUUUAACUUACCUGCUUGUCUUUAAUGCAUUUUGCAAAAUAAAAUGAUAAUCUAUCUUAUCAACUCUUGGCAAUAGAAGGGGGAAUGUAUAUUCAGUUAUCAGUCGCUUCUUUUGACACUGCUGCUUCUAUUAGAUUUACUUUAUCGUUACGUUCAUCAACAAUGUCCCGAUUAUCAUACAUCUACAGAGGUCUUAUUGCCCCAGUGUUAACACCUUUUAAUAGUAAUGGAUCUCUUAACUUGGAAAUUAUACCACAAUAUGCAACAUAUUUGGCAAAAAAAGGAAUUAAUGGUGUGCUUGUCAAUGGUACAAGUGGGGAGGGGAUGACAAUGUCUGUCAAUGAACGAAAACUCGUUACUGAAGCUUGGGUAAGAGCGACGAAAAGUACAAAACAACACUUAAUGAUUCAAGUAGGAGGCGCUCCUCUUCCCGAUGUUAUCAAGCUUGCAAAGCAUGCAGAGAAUCUGGGUGCAGAUGCUAUACUCUGUUUACCAGAAUUAUACUUCAAACCUACUACUCCUCAGCAAUUAACUGAAUACUUGGAAAGGAUUAGCAAAGCAGCACCAAGUACACCAUUAUUAUAUUAUCAUAUUCCUAUGUUAACCAAUGUUAAUAUACACAUGGGACAAUUUCUUGAAUUAAUUUCUGAUAAAAUACCAUCAUUCGUGGGUAUAAAAUUUACCAGUACUAAUUUAGAAGAAGGUGCACAAGCAUUACGUGCCAACAAUAAGAAAUAUGUUGUUUUUCUUGGUAAUGAUCAGACGAUAAACGCUGCAUGUGCACUAGGAAUGGACUCUUUCAUAAUGACCAUCGUAAAUAUGUUUCCGGAACUUGCACUGGAUCUUCUUGCUGCUGGAAGAAAUGGAAAUAUGUUAAAAGCUAAGAAUAUACAAGAAAAACUUUCAAACGCUGUACUUGUUAUAACCAAACAUGGUAAUAGAGUGCAGGCUAUGAAAACAGCAAUGUCUCUUCUUACUGAGAUCAAUGUAGGAGUACCUCGUGCACCACUUAAAUCUAUUUCUCACGAAGCUCUAACAACUAUGAUUACAGAUUUAAUAAAUCUAGGAUUUGAUGCUAAACUUAAGCAUAAUUGAAAAUAUUUUGUCUUUUUAUUUUGAUU